AUGAACAACAUGGGUUUGAAUUACAUGGGUCCACUUAUAUGUCAGUUUUUUCCAAUAAACAUGCAGUCAUUUCUCUGCAUCUACAGGUUCAGCCAACUGCAGAUCAAAAUUUCCAUCCACGGUUGGUUGGAUCUGUGGGUUGAAGCCAUGGAUACGGAAAGCUCGCUGUACUCAUUGCACCGCAUCGUUUUACACGGGGGACUUGAGCAUCUGUGGUUUUUGUUACCUGCAGAAAGUCCCAAGAAUCAAGCCCUGCAAUCUUCGUUACUGCCAAAGAAUAGCGGCCAUGACCAUCUAGAUUAA